UUACAUAGUAGCUGCAUAAAUAAUUCAAAUUUGUGAAACAUAAAUAAAAAUAAAACAAUUUGAAAAACUUGUGUGUUGCCAGUCACGAGUUAGAAUGAUAUAGUAAAAACCAUAAUGGCGGUGUAACUAUGUUCUCAUUAAGAAGUGAAAAAUAAAAAUUAACAUAAACGUCUUUUUUCUAAACGGAAGGUAACUUAUAAUAUGGUGAACAUGCUAUGAUCAUUGUGGACGAGAGGGAUAUAUAUAUAAUGACGAUAAAUUUCAAGGGCUAUUCAAAAUUUGCAAUGAAUUAAAGGAAAUGCCCUCUUCUGUAAUGGUAGCCACAUAACAUUCUCAAUCAAAGAUGGCGGAUUUAAAUCAGAAGAUUUCUUGUACUUAUUGCGAAGAUGAAAUAUCGGGUGUUCGAGUUCACUGUGCCAUAUGUCAAGAUAUCGAACUCUGCUUGCAGUGUUUUGCCGCUGGAGCGGAGAUCGGUCCGCAUAAAAAUGAUCACGACUAUCAGCUUAUGGAACCAACAUUAAAUGUUUUCCGAGGCAAAGGCGCUUGGUCAAACAUGGAAAUUAUGUGGCUUUUGGAUGCUGUUGAACAUUAUGGGUUUGGUAACUGGGAAGAUAUUGCUAAACAUGUAGAAACGAGAACACCAGAAGCUGCCAAAGAUGAAUACAUAAAUAAAUUUGUUACUGGAGUUAUCGGAAGACUGACUUGGGGUAAAGCCGUCUCAACUAGUGAAAUUAUUACGAAACAUACUCCAGAUUCUGGAGAUGGUGAUGAAAUAACGCCAAAACUGGAACCGUUAGAUAUUACUACAGAAGAAGCAAUUCAACUCGAGUACCUGCCUAAAAGAGACGAUUUUCAAAGUGUUUAUGAUGCAGAGGCAGAUGAGCUGAUAUCAAUAGCUUCAAGUAUUAUUACUGAACAUAGUAAUUUUGAUCGAGCUUUAAAGUUAUCCAUAGCUGAUAUGAAUGCAAGGCGAAGGAGGGAACGUGAGCGGAGAGAAAGAAUGGUACGAGAUUAUCAAUUAGUCGCAAAAUAUUUUAGGCCGGAACAAAAACGUCAGAAGAUUAGUAAAGAGCAUAAGUAA